AUGGAAACGCAACAGAGACUGACAUGGCUCUUCACACGUCCGCAGCUUUCGCAGUUCAAUGUCGAUGGAAAGGUGUUCAUCGUAACCGGAGCCGCGCAGGGCCUCGGGCUGGUUCUGGCGGAAGGGCUGGCAGAGGCGGGUGGAAAAGUAUACUGCUUCGACACCUGCAAGCACCCAGAUGCUCACUGGCUAGAGUGCCAGGAGCGCAUCCGCUCAAAACACAACAGCACCAUCGAAUAUGUCCAGCAAGACGUCACCGACACCGCCCACCUGCAAAAGUCGAUCCAGAUAGUCGCCGGCGCAAACAGCGGGCUGGACGGCGUCAUUGCGGCGGCAGCGAUACAGCAGGUCACGCCCGCGCUCGAGUACACGGCCGCGGACGUGGACAAGAUGAUGCGCAUCAACUUCACGGGGGCGUUCAUGACGGCGACGUGUGCGGCGCGCGAGAUGAUGCGGUACAAGCGCCAGGGCAGCAUCUGCUUCAUCGCCUCCAUGUCCGGGCUCAUUGCCAACAAAGACAUGCACACCCCCGUGUACAACGCGGGCAAGGCCGCGCUGAUCCAGCUCGCGCGAAGCCUGGCGAUGGAGUGGAGCUCCAUCAAUGAGGACGGCACGGGCGGGAUCCGCGUCAACUGCAUCAGCCCGGGCAACAUAAAGACCGCGAUGCUGGAGGACGUGUUCAGCAAGGACAAGAUACGCAUGUGGAGCGAGUCGAACAUGCUGGGCCGGCUGGCGGAGCCGGAGGAGUUCAAGAGUGCGGCGCUAUAUCUCAUGUCCGAGGCUUCGAGCUUUACCACGGGCUCAAAUCUUGUUAUUGAUGGCGGAUAUACAGCGUGGUGAGAAAGGGGAAUUGUUGCCGGUACCAUACCGCU